GGUACGGAAUGAUGGUGUCAUUCUCUCAUCAACAGUGAGAGAAAAACAAAAUAGCCAUAGUUGAGAGUGAGUUCAAUUUCAAGUGAAGAGCCUUCCUACCUCCCUCCUCUCUCUUUCUCUCUCUCUACCCCCAAACCCAAUUCUUCAUUUUUUUAUCCACUCUUCCUUAAACAAUUCACUUCUCUUCUACUUACCUAACCUCAAUUUUCGUGGCUUUUAUUUUGCAUCUCACUGCAACUCUUUCUUCUUGCUCCCAACCCACAAAAAUAUCACCAAGAAAAAAGGUUAGAGAUUGCAAGCUACCAAGGAAUUAGCAGAAUAUGAAGAAAGGGUCGUUAGCCCCUAACCUCAAGCUCUCCGUUCCACCUCCCGAUGACAUCUCUAAAUUCCUGACCGGGUCGGGAACGUUCAAGGACGGCGAUCUCUUGGUUAAUAGGGAUGGAGUUCGGAUUGUUUCGAAUAGUGAAGUUGAAGUUCCAGCCUUAAUACAGCCGUCAGAUAACCAGUUGAGCUUAGCUGACUUUGAUGCAGUGCAAGUCAUUGGUAAGGGAAAUGGAGGUGUUGUGCGGUUGGUGCAACACAAAUGGACUGCACAGUUUUUUGCACUUAAGGUUAUUCAAAUGAAUAUUGAGGAGUCUGCUCGCAAGCACAUUGCUCAAGAGCUCAAAAUUAAUCAGUCAUCUCAAUGUCCAUAUGUCGUAAUUUGCUAUCAAUCUUUCUACGAUAAUGGGGCAAUCUCCAUCAUCUUGGAGUAUAUGGACGGAGGAUCUCUUGCAGAUUUCCUUAAGAAAGUUAAUAAAAUCCCAGAGCCUUAUCUUGCUGCAAUUUGCAAACAGGUUCUCAAAGGUCUCUGGUAUCUUCAUCAUGAAAAGCAUAUCAUCCACAGGGACCUCAAACCUUCAAAUUUGUUAAUAAACCACAGAGGUGAUUGCAAGAUCACCGACUUUGGAGUCAGUGCAAUACUUGCCAGCACGUCGGGUCUAGCUAAUACUUUUGUUGGCACUUACAACUACAUGUCUCCAGAGAGAAUCAUCGGAGGUACCUAUGGUUAUAAAAGUGACAUCUGGAGCCUCGGUUUGGUUCUCCUUGAGUGCGCAACGGGAGAAUUUCCAUAUUCCGCACCUCAGGCAGAGGGAUGGAUCAAUGUAUACGAGCUGAUGGAAACCAUUGUCGAUCAGCCUGUGCCACGUGCACCUUCAGAUCUAUUUUCUCCGGAGUUCUGUUCAUUUAUUUCUGCUUGUGUGCAAAAGGAUCCUAAAGAUAGGCUGUCAGCGAACGAACUCAUGGCACACCCAUUCAUCACUAAGUACGACGAUCUUGGCGUUGAUCUUGCGGAUUACUUCACCAGUGCAGGACCUUCACUGGCUACACUUUAAUCAAGACAUACGAAAUGUUGGCUGCAGUUAAUAUGUAUGGUGAAGACGAGACGAGGCGAGGCAGCCCUGUUGCAGGUGCUUCCAUUCCCUCCGCCCUGCGUUGUUUGUGAAAGAGUUGGUCACUCUCCUAUUUUUUGUAUGUUAGUUGAAUUUCGUGUGCUCUUACCACUCUGCUUCAUUUGUGAGUAUGUUGUAACCUUGUAUGUAUGAACCCAUUUUCUGUCACUUUGUUACCAAAUCAAGCAAAAAACAACACUUCGUCAUUACA